UUUCCUCAUCUUGUUUGCCUGGUUGUUCUUGUACAAAUGACACUUUUGGAAGGACAUUACUUUGCAUGGAAACAGCCUUAAGAAGAAUACCAGAGAACAUACCGGAAGACUUUAUAAAAAUCCGAAUAGAGAAUUCACAUCUUACUGAAAUACCGCGCGGAUCGUUCCAUAAAGUUAGUGCCUUGGAGUUCCUCUGGUUGAAUUUUAAUGACAUUACCGUUAUGAACAUAAAGAGUUUAGAGGGCUUGAAAAAUCUGACAGAGCUAAGACUGCAAGGUAACAAACUACGUUCAGUACCAUGGACAGCGUUUCAGGACACACCGAGCUUAAAAAUUUUAGAUCUGAAACACAACCGGCUAGACGUUCUCCCUGAGUACGCGCUUAGGCAUUUGCCGGCUCUGACCUACUUAGAUUUAUCAUUCAAUCAGCUUACUGUCGUAUCCAGGGAUGUUUUCCUUAACUGGCCUAUCUACCACGCGCAAGAAAAACAGGGAAAAAGAGAAGAGACCACCACGACUGUUGUUGUGGCGCUGCACGACAACCCCUGGCUCUGCGAUUGCCGUUUGAAGGGCUUUGUUGAGUUCAUCAAAUCCGUCAGCUCGCCCAUUAUUUUAAUGAAUUCCUAUUUAACCUGCUCCGGUCCUGGGUUAAGGUCGAGCAAGUUUUUCCACGAGAUAGAUUUGAAGAUAUGCAUGAAGCCAGUGGCCACUUCCCCAGAAACAAAUUUCACGUUGCAGUUUGGAUCGAAUGCCACACUUUUUUGCUUAGUUAAGGGCAGGCCCGAUCCAACAAUUCGAUGGACAUACGGACUAAAGCUUAUAAGAAGAUUUGCUGAGUCGCAGACGCGGGUGGAUGAGGAGACCGUUAGGUCCCAGCUGUCCAUCCCGUCACUGAACCUGGCAGACAGAGGAGUCUACACCUGCACCGCCAACAACUUCAUGGGAAACUCCUCGGCCAGCGUCCUGGUGAACGUCAAGUCACAGAAUGUCUCCACGUCACUCUCCCCUGCGUUCCCCAGGGCGUCGACGGAGGAGAACGUCUACAUUGACAUUCGAAUCGCCAAGCAGACGGUCUACGGAAUCACCCUGGAGUGGUACGCGGUAACCGAGAACCCGGCCGAGACCUGGUACACUAUACACUUCGGACGAUUCGACGCGGCCAAGAAGGAGCUGACCUAUAUCGGGCCCGGGAUAAACAGCUACUCCGUCACAGACUUGCUGCCGGUGACUAAGUACGAGAUCUGCGUGACGCUGAAGAACCAGGCUCCCCGAGCUGGCCAGUGCAUCGUGUUCGUGACCGGCAGUGACAUCAGCGAGCUGGAGCAGAGGGAGAAGCUCAUUCACAUCAUCGUCAUCGUUUGCGCCAUGGUGUUGGCGGUUCCCGCCGGCAUGUACGCCUGCACCACCGAGAGCAGGUUCACCUGUUUCGACCGCUGCAUCGAGCUUUGCAGGAAGCGGAGGCGUAUGGAAAACACCCAGAAGCCCACGGAGAGGCAGGGCACCUUCGACAGCCUGCAAGCGGCCAGCGACGAGGGCCUGUGCAAGGACUCUAACGAGGACAAGAGGCCGAGGAGGAGAUCGGAUGAUAAGACACAGAAGGGCAAAGUCACAGCUGAACUUUACUAAUUUAACAUAUCCGAGAUCAGCUAUGGAAGGUCCAUACCCAAAUGUUUCAUAGUCCUAAUAUCUCAACUCUACAUUUGAAAAUAUUAAAUAUAGAGAGAGGUAUAAAAUAUAAUGUCAUGCUGAUAUCAUACAACUGUACAGGAAUGAGUCAGGUGAUGAGUCAGUUAAGCUUUAGCUGUCAUGUGAAAUGUACAAGGCCUUUCUUCCUUGGACAGUGGAAGUCUAUAUGUCAAUGUAAAGUAUGCUUUGAAAUGCUUGUCAAACAAUAAAUGUGAUACUCCUUUAGGAAAUCAAAAAAGUUGCAUUUUAUUACUUCCAAUCACAGGGGAUUGCAAAUUAGGCUGCCUUUUAAACAUCUGGCCAGGGACAGCAGAUGAAAA